UCCCCGCCCCCCCAGCCUUGCCCCGCCCCGGCUGGGAAGUGGCGGAUCCGGUUUUUCCUGGGCGGGUCUGGAAUCGGGGUUGGUGGAGGGAAUGUAGGGAGCCGGCUUAGUUGCGGCGGCUGCGGCAGCAUGGUGGGUCCGGAGAAGGAGCAGAGCUGGAUCUCCAAGAUCUUCAAGAAGAAGACGUGCACGACAUUCAUCGUUGACCCCACAGAUGCGGGAGGAGACUUGUGCCAGUGCGGGCGUCCCCGGAGUGCCCACCCGUCAGUGGCUGUAGAGGAUGCGUUUGGGGCAGCUGUGGUGACUGUGUGGGACAGUGACUUGCACACCACCGAGAAGCCCACCGACGCCUACGGGGACCUGGAUUUCCUGGGCGCCGGCCGCAAGACCAGCAAUUUCCUCCGGCUCUCUGACCGCACGGAUCCAGCUACUGUUUAUAAUCUGGUCACACGCACAUGGGGCUUCCGGGCCCCGAACCUGGUGGUGUCAGUGUUGGGGGGGUCAGGGAGCCCCAUCCUCCAGACCUGGCUGCAGGACCUGCUGCGACGUGGGCUGGUGCGGGCUGCCCAGAGCACAGGGGCCUGGAUUGUCACCGGGGGGCUGCACAGGGGCAUUGGCCGGCAUGUUGGUGUGGCUGUGCGAGACCACCAGACAGCCAGCACUGGGGGCACCAAGGUGGUGGCCAUGGGUGUGGCCCCCUGGGGCGUGGUUCGGAAUAGAGAGGCCCUCACCAACCCCAAGGGCUCGUUCCCUGCGAGGUACCCGUGGCGCGGCGACCGCGAGGACGGGGUCCAGUUUCCGCUCGACUAUAACUACUCGGCCUUCUUCCUGGUGGACGACGGCACGCACGGCCGCCUGGGCGGGGAGAACCGCUUCCGCUUGCGCUUCGAGUCGUACGUGGCGCAGCAGAAGACGGGCGUGGGAGGGACUGGAAUCGACAUUCCUGUCCUCCUCCUCUUGAUUGAUGGUGAUGAGAAGAUGUUGAAGCGGAUAGAGAAUGCCACCCAGGCUCAGCUCCCCUGCCUCCUGGUGGCCGGGUCUGGGGGAGCCGCAGACUGCCUGGCAGAGAUCCUGGAAGACACCCUGGCUCCAGGGAGAGGGGGGAGCAGGCGAGGCGAAGCCCGGGAUCGGAUUAAGCGUUUCUUCCCCAAAGGGGACCCUGAGGUCCUGCAGGCCCAGGUGGAGAGGAUCAUGACCCGGAAGGAGUUGCUGACAGUCUAUUCAUCUGAGGACGGCCCUGAGGAAUUUGAGACCAUUGUUUUGAAGGCCCUUGUCAAGGCCUGUGGGAGCUCGGAAGCUUCAGCUUACCUGGACGAGUUGCGUUUGGCUGUGGCUUGGAACCGCGUGGACAUUGCACAGAGUGAACUCUUCCGGGGGGACAUUGAAUGGCGGUCCGUCCACCUGGAAGCCUCCCUCAUGGACGCUCUGCUGAAUGACCGGCCCGAGUUCGUGCGCCUGCUUAUCUCCCAUGGCCUCAGCGUGGGCCACUUCCUGACCCCGACGCGCCUGACCCAGCUUUACAGCGCAGCGCCCUCCAACUCGCUCAUCCGCAGCCUCUUGGACCAGGCGUCCCACGGCGCAGGCACUAAAAGCCCAGGCCCUAAAUCAUCUGCGGAGCCCCGACCCCCUGACGUGGGGCAGGUGCUGCGGAUGCUGCUGGGGGAGACGUGCGCACCGAGGUACAGCUCCGGGGGCACCGGGGAUCCCCACCAGGGACAAGGCUGCUGGGAGAGCGUGGGUCUGCUGUCCGACAGGGCGCGCUCCGAUCUCAUGCUGGACGCCAUCGGGCAGGCCCCCUGGAGCGACCUGCUCCUCUGGGCGCUGUUGCUGAACAGGGCUCAGAUGGCCGUGUACUUCUGGGAGAUGGGCUCUAAUGCUGUAGCCUCGGCUCUCGGGGCCUGUCUGCUGCUCCGAGUGCUGGCGCGCCUGGAGUCUGAGGCUGAGGAAGCAGCGCGGAGGAAGGACCUGGCGGCCAAGUUUGAGGGUCUGGGUGUUGACCUUUUUGGUGAGUGCUACCGCAGCAGCGAGGUACGGGCCGCGCGCCUGCUACUCCGUCGCUGCCCGCUCUGGGGGGACGCCACCUGCCUCCAGCUCGCCAUGCAGGCAGAUGCCCGUGCCUUCUUCGCCCAGGAUGGGGUACAGUCUCUGCUGACACAGAAGUGGUGGGGGGAGAUGGACAGCACCACUCCCAUCUGGGCCCUGGUCCUCGCCUUCUUUUGCCCUCCACUCAUCUACACCAACCUCAUCACCUUCAGGAAGUCAGAGGAGGAGUCCAUACAGAAGGACCUGGCAUUUGACAUGGAUCGGGGCAUCAACGGGGAAGGCCCCGUUGGGCUGGCAGAGCCCCUCGAGAAGACGGCCGUGCGGGUGCUGGGUCAGCCCAGACGCCGGGGCUGCUGCGGGGGGUGCCCCCCGCGCCUGCGCCGCUGGCCCCAGUUCUGGAGGGCGCCGGUGACCGCCUUCAUGGGCAACGUGGUCAGCUACCUCCUCUUCCUGCUGGUGUUCGCGCGGGUGCUGCUCCUGGACUUCCAGCCCGACGCGCCCGGCGCCCUGGAGCUGCUGCUCUAUUUCUGGGCCUUCACGCUGCUCUGCGAGGAGUUCCGGCAGGGCCUGGGCGGCGGCUGGGGCAGCCUGGCCACCCGCGGUCCCGGGCCCGGCCCCGGCCCCCAGCAGGCCCCGCUGCGCCGCCGCCUGAGCCUCUACCUCGCCGACACCUGGAACCAGUGCGACCUGGUGGCCCUCACCUGCUUCCUGCUGGGCGUGGGCUGCCGGCUGACCCCUGGCCUGUAUGACCUGGGCCGCACUGUCCUCUGCCUCGACUUCAUGGUCUUCACGCUACGACUGCUGCACAUUUUCACGGUCAACAAACAGCUGGGGCCCAAGAUCGUCAUCGUGAACAAGAUGAUGAAGGACGUGUUCUUCUUCCUCUUCUUCCUUGGUGUGUGGCUGGUUGCCUACGGGGUGGCAACGGAGGGGCUUCUUCGGCCCCGGGAUCGGGACCUCCCGAAUAUUCUGCGCCGUGUCUUCUACCGGCCCUACCUGCAGAUCUUUGGGCAGAUCCCCCAGGAGGACAUGGACGUGGCCCUCAUGGAGCAUGUCAACUGCUCGUCAGAGCAGGGCUUCUGGGCUCGCCCGCCGGGGGCGCAGGCAGGCUCGUGUGUCUCCCUUUAUGCCAACUGGCUGGUGGUUCUCCUCCUCAUCAUUUUCCUGCUGGUGGCCAACAUCCUGCUGCUCAAUUUGCUCAUCGCCAUGUUCAGUCCCAGAAUUCAGACUCUGCUCCUGACUUGGACUUGGGACUCUGAUCCUCUACCUGAGCCCAGGCUGAACAUUAAAAAAAAAAAAAAUUAUUGUGGCAAAAUAUGUAUCACAUAAAAUUUGCCAAUUUUGAGUGUACAAAUUCAAUGACAUUAAUUAAAUUCAUAAUGUUUUACAACCAUUACCAUUAUGUGUUUCCAAAAAAAUUUAUCAUUCCAAACACAAAAUGUGCACCCAUUGAGCAAGCAAUAACUUCCCGUUCCCUGCUACCCCCUAGCCUCUGGUAACCUGGAAUCUACUAUUCUGUCUUUAGGAAUUGGCUUAUUCUAGAGGUUUCAUAUACGUGGAUUCACACAAUAUCAUUUUCUGUCUGGCUUAUUUCACUGAGCAUGUUUUCAGUGUUUACGCAUGUUGUAGCACAGAUCAAUACUCAUUUUUUAUGGCUGAAUAAUAUUCCGUUGUAUCAGUCUAUCACAUUUUGUUAUCCAUUCAUCUGUUCAUGGAAACUCAGUUGUUUCCAUCCCUUGGCUAUUGUGGAUAAUGCUGCAAUGGACAUUAGUGUUCAUGUAACUGUUUGAAUCUCUGUUUUUAUUUCUUUUGGAGAUAUUUCUAAAGUAGAAUGCUGGGUAUGCUGUGGUAAUUCUCUUUAGAUUUGUGAAACUGUUUUCUAUAGCAGCGGCACCAUUUUCUGUUCUCAUUAGCAAUGUAUGAGAGUUCUGAUUUCUCCACCGCCUUGCCAAGAGUUGUUAUUUUCCUUUUCAAAAAAUUAUAGCCACCCUAGUUAGUGGGUAUGAACUGGUAUUUGAUUGUUUUUGAUUUGCAUUUCCCUAAUGACUAAUGAUGUUGAGCAUCUUUCCAUGUGCUUAUUGGCCAUUUGUACAUCUUCUCUGGAGAAAUGUCUAGUCAGGUCUUUUGCCUGUUUUUAAAUUGGGUUGUUUGUCUUUUUGUUGUUGAAUUAUAGCAGUUCUUUAUAUAUUCUGGAUAUUAAACUCCUGUCAGGUAUAUGAUUUGCAAAUAUUUUCUCCCAUUUUGUUGGUUGUCUUUUCCUGUUCUUGAUAAUCCCCUUUGAUGCACAAAAAAUUUUAAUUUUGUUAUUUGUAUUACUGGUGUCAUAUCUUAGGACCCAUCACCAAAUCCAAGGUCAUAAAGAUUCACUCUAUGUUUUACGGUUUUAGCUCUUAUAUUCAGGUUGUUUGUCAGUUUUGGCUUAAUUUUUUUAUAUGGUGUGAGGUAGGGGUCCAACUUUGUUCUUUCGGCAUGCAGAAAUCCAGUUGUUCCAGUCUCUGUAUUUAAGAGACUAUUUUUUUCCACAUUGAAUGGACUUGUCACCCUUGUUAAAAAAGAGUUGGCCAUUGGCUAUUUUAUUAGUUUUCUGGGGCUUCCCUGACAAAAUACCAAAAAGUGAAUGGUUUUAAAUAACAGAAACUUUUCCAUUACAGUUCUGGAUGCUAUAAGUCCAAAACCAAGGUAUGGACAGGCUUGGUUCCUUCUAAGGCUGUGAAGGAGAAUCUGUUCCCUGCCUCUCUCCUACCUUCUGGUGGAUUGCUGGCAGUCUUUGGCUUGUAGAUGUAUCAUUGCAAUCGCUGCCUUCAUCUUCAUAUGGUAUUCUCCCUGUGUGCAUAUCUGUGUCCAAAUUUCCCCUUAUCAUAAGGACACCAGCCAUGUUAGAUUUGGGACCAACCCUAACAACUUCAUUUUAACUUGGUUACCUUUCUAAAGACCCUACUUCCAAAUAAGUCACAUUCUGAGGUACUAGAGAUUAGGAUUUCAAUAUAUCUCGUUUGGUGGAAAGGGGACACAAUUCAACCCAUAAUACUCAUAGAGGUAUGGGUUUAUUUCUGGACUCUCAUUUCUAUUCCAUUGGUUGAUACGUCUGUUGUAUGCCAGUACCACAGUAUUUUGAUUUUGUAGCAAAUUUUCGAAUUAGGAAGUGUGAGUCCUCCAACUUUGUUAUUUUUCAAGAUUGCUUUAGCUGUUCAGGGCCUCUUGCAAUUCCAUAUGAUUUUGAGGAUUGGCUUUUACUUUUCUGCAAGAAAGGCUGUUGGAAUUUUAAUAAGAAUUGCAUUGAAUCGGGGCGCCUGGGUGGCACA